AUGUCUUAUCCCGACGAAGAGGAGCGGCCCUAUAAGCCCAUCACGUUCACAAAUUACAUAUGGCAGAGGUGCAAGAGCCAGCCUAUCGUGCCUGCAGCCCUUGUCGGGGCGACGCUGAGUCUGCGGACUGGAAAUAGGAAGAACUUCAAUUAUUGGUUGAGAAUGCGUGUAUUGGCACAAGGAGCCACCGUCGUCGCUAUGGUAGUGUACGGUUCCGUCGCCAUCACACGACAACAGCAGACUACGCACUAUAUCAAAUCUCAGAUUAUGCUCGGCGAUCUCCCGCCGGAUACUCAAUGGCCCGGGAGGAAGGCGGGCGAAUCUGCGCCAGCCAUCCAGCCCCGCUCGCGCAUUCUUGACGAAGCCGGCUCUACCUCAACAGGCGGCGAGCCCUCGGCAGGAAUGGACGCCACGACGGGUAUCGGGGGCGCGUACCCCCUCGCGAAGAAGGAUAGGAUCACGGCGAGCGAGUUCGCGAAGCGGCUCAAGGAGGCCGAGGAAAUGCAGCGGGAUGAGGAUGAGCGGAAGGACGCGAGGAGGGCUAGGAGGGCCGCGAGGGAGAAGGAGAAGGAGGGGGAGGUCAAGGCGUAA